GUUCUUUUUUUGCUUUCUCUCUCUCUUUGUGGAGGCAAACCAGCUUUUCUUAUUUACAAGGGGGCUUGCUUUUGCUGUUGGCUACAGGUUACAGUCUCUCUCAUUUGCUCCCUCCUCACCCCACCUUCCCAACGCCACCUCCUUCUUGCCUCUCUCAGUUGCAGAAGAUGACUGCCACGGCAAUUCAAUAAGAGGAGCGGACAGCGAGUGAAGCACCCACCACUUGCUAAGAACAAGCGAAGGAGUGGCCAAAAUUUAAAAAAGAAAAAGAAAAACAGAAAAAACUAAAAAGAAAAGAGACCGCAAAGAAGUAGGAAAGGUUCAGAUUUGAGGAAGUGGCAGUGAAAAGAGAGAAGGAGAAAGGGGAGAGAAAGCAAAGGAUAAACGGUGGAUGGAGGCGGUUCGGACCGGGGUUACGAAGCUCUCUUCACUGACGAAGAAGAAGAACAGCAGCAGCAACAGCAGCAGGGGGGACAGGAGAUGGAGACGAAAGGAAGAAGCAUGCCCCCAGACGUCAGUUUCCUUCCACGCCCUGCGAUGGUUUGGUGGGAACGAGGCAUCCAGGUGCUGUUGACCACCAUGGGGGCCUUUGCGGCAUUUGCUCUCAUGACGGUGGCCAUCGGCACAGAUUACUGGCUGUAUGCCCGCGCAUUCAUCUGCAACAGCACAGCCAACUCCUCCCAGGAGGAUUCCUCCAGCAACAAGGACAAGAAAGACCCCGGGGCUCUCACCCACUCUGGCCUCUGGAGGAUUUGCUGCCUUGAAGGCUUGAAGAGAGGUGUGUGUUCCCAGAUCAAUCAUUUUCCCGACGACGCAGACUAUGACCAAGAUGCUGCAGAGUAUCUGCUUCGUGUGGUUAGGGCUUCCAGUAUCUUUCCAAUCCUCAGUGCCAUAUUGCUCCUGUUGGGCGGCGUGUGCGUUGCUUCCAGCGGCUUCUACAAAAGCAAAAGGAACAUUAUUCUCGGAGGAGGAAUUCUUUUUGUAGCAGCAGGGCUUAGCAACAUCAUUGGCGUGAUAGUAUACAUCUCUGCAGCUCUCAGCGACAUUUCGCCAAAGAAAGAUGAGGAUAAGAAGUGGCAUUACUCUUAUGGCUGGUCAUUUUACUUUGGCGGUCUGUCCUUCAUCCUGGCUGAGAUGGUUGGAGUCCUGGCUGUCAACAUCUACAUUGAGAAGAACAAGGAGCUGCGCUGUCGCUCUCGCACUGACCUUUUCAAGAGCACCACCCAUGCCAUGCUGCGUCUGCCCAGCUACCGCUUCAGGCGGCGCUCCCGCUCCAGCUCCCGCUCCACUGACCCACCUCGUUCACAGGAGACUUCCCCCGUUGGAGCUUCCAAGACCUUCACUCUUCCUCCAUCUGCUCCUCCUUUCUCCGUUGCCACUCUGCCCAACCCACACCACAGCAGCAGUGGCGGGAGUGGUGGAGGUGGUGGUGACAUCUCCAUGUACACCCUGUCAAGGGACUCCAAGCUGGGGAGCCUGGGAGGAGGCGCCCCGCCUCUCUACGGCACAGUGGACCGGGCCACGCUUUAUCAGCUUCACAAUUACUUCCCGAAAGAUUCCAGCGGCAGCAGUGGAGGCGCAGGAGGAGGGCCGGUGAUAAGCAGUGGUACGCUCCCAUCUCACUCCAAGUCCAACUUGGCGGCUGCAGCAGCUGCUGCUAAUGCUGCCCCACUGAAUACCUCCACCGCAGCUGCUGCGCCGGCCCCGUCAGCCCCAAUCUCAACAGCUACAAUGGAGCGAGACAGGGGCAACGUUGGAACCCUGGACCGGCUGACAGCCAAAAGGGACAGGGAUAGCAACUCCGAUACACUUAACAGGAAAACAACACCUGUUUAAAGUGGAACCUCACAGAGAAGGGCUAGAAGGGCCUCAAAAAGUAUAAAAAGCUAUGGCUUAAAAUGGGUGGGCAACAUUUCAACAGUAAAGGUUUUUGUCCUUGAGUCUGGGAGUAUCUAGCUGCCAUAGAUAUAAUAUCAUAAACAGUCAUAAAACACCUAAUACUCUGUGGACAUUGAUGACAACUGCCUGCCUUAAAACCAUCGGAACAUUCAAGUCAGUGUUUUAUUCUAUUUACUUUUGUUUUCUCUUUUACUAAACCAAUUGUACAAAUCUGAUCAAAUAACCCCAGGGACAGAAUAGAACAGUUCAUACCUUUAAUUGCCCUGGUAUGAAUCUGUAGAGUUUACUCUUGUAUCGUCCCAUCUGGCUUUUAUAAUGUCCGUAAGAGUCCAAAAACACUCAAAGAUGACCAAUAAUAAGAUGUGCCAAGAUGAUACAAGCCAUAGUUUUGUCACAUGUCUGUUCAAAGGAACAGAAUGUCACAAAUUAUUGCCACGUGAAGAGCUUUUCAGGGACCAAUUCUAGAUCCUAAGUAGCUGCUUGACCUCUGGUCCACAGAGUAACACCUCACUCACAUCUGGCCUAAUGUUAAUGUCACACAAGGGAGCAGUGUGACUCACUGCAAGACCAUUUAUUUUUAAUGACAUGUUAGAGAAAUAAGUGCGUCCAGGACAGACUUCAAGCUUCACUUUGAAUAGUUCUGUACACUCUAUCACACUGCAUCUGCCUUGCUAAAGCUUUCCUACCCUUUGAGCUUUUUUACAAUUUCUUUGUUUAUAGACACAAACUUUAAUGCAUUUUAUUGGAAUUAUAUGUGCAGCUAACACAAAGUAAUAUAUAAAUGUGAAGUGAAGCCAAAUUAUGCAUCUGUGGGGGAAUUCCCCCAUAUGCAUGUUUUUAAAGAGUGUUAUGCUGAUAAAAAUCAAAAAAUUAUUCUUACGCUACUAAAUGAAAUCCAGCGAUAUUAACUUCCUUCAGAAUUCACCUAAUUACUGAAUAAUUUUUGAAGCUUAAUGUCACUGUCGAUACACCUUUUCUAUGCAGGCUUCACGUACAUAUAGGGAGAUAUUGCUGAGCAACUGCUAUUAUGGCCCCCAGUUUCAACACCAGACAGGUCAGGGAUCAUGUUGAGCAUUUCAGUUCCCUUUUCAAUCCAUGACCUGAAAUAGAAACAGAACAACUGCAAAGUUGUCACGACAUGGAAAAGCAGCCAUGACCCAUUGUAACUCUGGAAUAGCACAAAGUUGACUUUUAUUGAAAAGGCGCAAGAAAAAAAAGUUUAAAUCAAAGCUUUCAUAGGACAUGUUUUUGGCAAAUUUGAAGGAAGGUUGUGGUUAGGUGAGACCAAAAAUGACCUAAAUCCAAAACACUAUAGCUACAAAUCACUAUGUCACAUCAUCCUUUAAACACUGCCCACAUAAACAUUGUGGUAUUGUGCUAUGGGAAUUCUUUUCAAUUCUUUUCAAUACCAAAUCUAGCCAUACUUUUCAGAAUUAUGCAUAACCAUGUAUUUAUCAAUUAAUCAAAAUCUGAGUAAAAUACCUUAGAGUUUGUGACUGGAUGUGACAAAAUGUAAAACAAGUUCAAGAGGUAUGAGGACUCCUGACAACCAACAUGACCUAAUACUCAUUUAUUUAUUGUUUAAACAAGAGACUGUUAAAAGUGCAUUUAUGCCCAAACUGAGACUGAACUUAGAUUACAAUUUUUUCCCUUUCUUUCAAGUAUUUCAUCUUUUCUUGUGAAACAUCAGGAUAUCCAAGAUAUUGUAUAGGUAAAGUUAGGGGUAGGAUCAUCUGUAGCAAAGUAUAUUUUUUGAAAUGUUCAGCUAGGUUUCUCAGUUAGGGAAUGAUCAUAAUUGCAGCUAUAAGUGCAACGAAAAUCAAUUUCAGAUCACGAGUGAGCAGCUGCACUUUUGACUCUGCUCAUAAAUUAUGGUCACGGUGUGUCAUCAGGAAGCCUUAAUGUCAAAGGAAGUUUUAUUUUCAUAAAGAGAAUGUUGUAAACAUUAUAUGAUAUUUAAUCGGUUUAAAUAUUUUAGGGCAUUUUAUGACUGCUUAUGACAAUAAUUAGAUACUGGAGGCUCAAAGGCAGCAUCUGUUGAAUGUUCUUGCUAAGGGCUGAAAAGCAAGCAACAGGCUGGGGUUGGGAUCAAUUUACACUCAGGGGGUGAAAUUUUAUUUAGAGUCAAAGGUUAAAAAUUACAGUCAUCUGUUGCUCUGUACAAAAUAUGACUUAUUCAAACUAUCUGUGUAACAAUAGUAUCUAGCACAUCAUUAAAUAAGAGAAUUUCAAGAAGUUAGUCAAGUUUCAGGUGAAACACAUUCUACAGGGUAUUUUUGAGAUGGUUUACUAAAUAGUUAAUAUCUGAAAAAUAAAUUUCUGAUUUGAUUUUCCAGACACUCAGCACUAGACUCUUAGAUUGUUGUAAGUUCCAGAUUGAUGUACAGAAAUCUGAAUGCAGUUUUGACUGAACAAAUUAGCCCAACCCUUGCUAUUAAGAGCCUCUACUCCAAUUCCUCUUCCCUCCGUCUUUCUAUAGCUAUAACUAUAUACUGUUUAACAAAAUAGAAUAAUAAAUGUAUUUUAAAAUAGGAGAAAAAAAUCCACAUAUACAAAAACACACAAAGUAUGUAAAUGGUAAACUUUGAGUUUUGACAUCAUUCGUGGACAUGAGGAGCGAUGACCAUCUCUAGGUUACAGGAGAUUGUAACUCUUUGAGUGUUGCUAUCAUGUUCUUGGUGUUUUUAUGAUCAUACUUGUUGUUGCAGGGUAUUUGUACAUUUAGAUGGCAUUGUUUGUAUUUUAUUUUCACAAUCAUCUUAAAUUCUUUUCUCCUGCUGUUGUAAUCAAAAGUUGUAGUGUCACAUCAAAACCGGUGCAUAAAAAGAGGAAGGUUAGUGAGUCUACAUAUUCUGUUUUUAUUAAAUAUCUUUAUUGUUGUCUUUAUUUGUUUGUGCUGGGAGAGGUAAAUGAGCAUUUAUGCUCCACAUCUGCAAUGUUCUGCUAUGACCUAAUGCGCUCGGACUGGAAACUGCCCAAUUACAGCCUCUGUGGCUGACUGGUUAACAGCUAACCUGGAUCAACUCGAGGUUACGUGCCGUACUCAAGAGCACAUCUAUAUCUUGUUUUAGAAAAGUGUUUACUUAUUAUUUUCUUCAAAACAUCUAUUGCUCUAAUAAAUCCAUGAUAAUAAAUGGGCAAAUUUUAGUGCACUUUUUUUCAAAACUAUUAUGCUUUUUUAACACGUAUUAUUUUACUGAAAGUGUAACACUUUGUUUCACUUCUAUGUUUUAUGCUAUGGGUUUGACUUUUUAAAAUUUUAUUGGAUUAUUUUUUAUCAAAUAUUAGGAUUGGUUUUGUUCUCUAUUUAUAAUUUGUCUUCACUUAUUCCUGUUAAAUGUCUAUUUUAUCUAACUUUGGUUCCUAUCUGUUUUUUUUUUAUCUUUUGUGUCUUUCUUCCACUUUUUUGUCAUCAUUUCCUUGUAGGAAAUGCAUAAAUGUUUUACUUUUGAAACAUAACCAACGUAGCCUAAAAUCUGUGUUUUUUAUUGUUCUAACUAGUGUAUGCCUGUAGGUGAUAGAGUUUAUAUUAAUAUAUUUAUUUUGCUGGUGGUAUGGAUCAAUAUUCUUAAUGUUAUAUUGUUUCAGAGUUCCAACUCUUUUAUCUUGGGACUAAAAAGGUGACAAUGGUCCCUGCGAUAGAUAGUUGGUAACCUUAGUGCUGACAAAGUGAGCUGCCUGUGGUCUGUGUUGGUAAUGCUAAAUGUGUUCACACAGUAAACAUUAAGUACAACAAGCUACAUCUGUUAUUUCUAAGGCACAAAUUUGUGUAAAUACUGAAAUGUAGGCAUGGGCUGGUAAACUUAUCACUGUUUCUUAGUACUGUGGCAUUUGCAAAAAGUAAAGUUGAAAUAAAUUUGUAUAACAUGAUCCAAUAUCUUCUAUGUGAAGCAGAUAAGCACCAGUUAUCACUGUUCCUGCCACAAUAAUACCAUGUGUGGUGCUCCUAUAGUUUUCGUUUUUUCAUCUGUUGUCAGAAAGGAAAAAAUAUGGGUGUCUUCUUUCAACCAAGAAGACACCAACAGCAGUUGAUUGGCAGCAACAGGUAUUGCUUUUUGCUGCACACAAGAGAAAUUGCUUGUCAUUCUGGCACUUUCUCUGGCAAAUUUCAAAUUAUAGAGAGUAAUGACAAUUUUUUUGAAACUAACAUUUUAAACUUUGGUAUUCCUUGAUACCUGGUACCCACCCUGUGCCUACUGACAUGUGUCCUAAGCUUACAUAUGUUUUGUGAAGUGUUUGUAAUAACUUUGUCUGCUAGACAUUUUUUUUAUUUCGUUUUAUGGUUAUGUACCAAUGUUAAAGCCAUUCUGAGGCCAAUGUGAAAACCAAGUUCCUUUUCCAGCACUUUGGCUACUGACACAAGCUCAACUUGAAACUCUUCAGAGAGAAAACUGAGAUGGAUUCAAGAAAGGAACACUAAUGAUAAAGGGAAGCAAUACAAUAUACAGAUUCUCUCUGGAAAAGACAAAAAAAAAUACAAGUAUAUACAAAAUAUAAAUAUAUAGAUAUAUU